AUGGCACUUUCAUGGAUCAUCACGAAAAAGCUGUCACUCAGGAUUCGACAACUCUCGCAGCAAGAGGUUGACCUUGGGUACGGGCUACCUAUGAUCAUCGGAAAAUUCUUGUGUCAUCUCGAGGGGGACCCGACGCGAGAAGCUUUUCUGCGGAUGUAUUAUCAGAUUCCGAUCAUUGGCACCGAGGACGCUGACUUGGCCACAUUGACUGAACAAAUUCGUCCUCGGAAAGUGCCCGGUGAAUGUGAGGCAUAUCGGCGAAUGAUGAGUCGAGAGUGCCGCUCCGUCCCACGGUUUUAUGGAUACAGCCAAAACCAGCAAGAAGGGCAUGAUUAUGUGCCUGGAGGCUUGAUUGAGUAUCUUGCAUGGGAAAAGGUGCCCGGGGAGCCACUCACGGAGGACUUGUUCUGGAGUUUAGAUCGCCGUACACGUGAUGAUAUCCGUGGUCGUUUUCGAGCCGCUUAUGAAGAGGUAAUACAAUGUGAAGUCGAGCCAGACACGGCCUCGAUCUCCAAGAUCAUCUACAACCAGUCCACAGGUGAUGUUUAUAUCUCAGGUUUUCGAGGGGCAUGGCCGGUUCGUGAUGAACUAAAUUGGUCGGACACCUUUUAUGUCUUAUACGGGCUGGCUAAGCCACACGAUGACAGGCACUGGCCCUCCUGCCCGGGGAAAUGGGAGUACUAA